UCUCAAAGUAACCCCUCGCCCUCGCUUGUGUUGAUAGUUUGGUUGUUGGUAUUGGGCAGGUGAAGGUGAAAGCCAAGUGUGUUAAAAGUCGAAAGUGAACUUUGCAUCACGAUUAUGUCAUCUUUUGGACUUUUCACUGCGCAUACACAGCUGUGCAGACGGCUGGUAACUGUGCACCAAUGUCUACCAAGAACCUACUCAUCAAAAUCAGCUCUGAAUGAAGUUGUCAUCGUCAGUGCUGUGCGGACUCCAAUGGGGUCUUUCAGAGGAAGCCUUUCGUCUGUUCCAGCUACUAAAUUGGGUUCAAUAGCAAUCAAAGGGGCUGUUGAGCAAGCAGGUAUCCCUGUGGAAGCGGUCAAAGAGGUAUACAUGGGAAAUGUACUCCAAGCAGGUGAAGGGCAAGCACCAACAAGACAAGCUCUCCUUGGUGCAGGUUUGCCCAUUUCCACACCAGCUACAACAAUUAAUAAAGUCUGUGCCUCUGGCAUGAAGUCCAUUAUGAUGGCAGCACAGAGUUUGAUGUGUGGACACCAGGAUGUUAUGGUGGCAGGGGGUAUGGAAAGCAUGUCCUGCGUACCAUAUGUAAUGACCAGACAGACGCCUGCCUAUGGUGGAGUACAUAUGGAGGAUCUCAUAGUGAAAGAUGGUCUCACGGACGUCUACAACAAGUUCCACAUGGGAAAUUGCGCAGAAAACACAGCCAAAAACUGCAGCAUUUCAAGGGAAGAGCAGGAUGCCUUUGCCAUCAAGUCUUACAGCCAAAGCAAAGCCGCAUGGGAGUCAGGGGUUUUUGCUAAGGAGAUUGUUCCUGUUAGCAUUCCUCAAAGAGGCAAGCCUGACGUUGUUGUAAAGGAAGAUGAAGAAUGGCGAAGAGUCGACUUCAGCAAAGUUCCAAAGCUGAAAGCGGUAUUUCAGAAAGAAAAUGGUACGGUGACAGCCGCAAAUGCCAGCACUUUGAAUGAUGGUGCUGCUGCUUUGGUUUUGAUGACGGCAGAUGCUGCGAAAAAACUGAAUGUCAAUCCACUCGCCAGGAUUGUUGGUUUUGCUGAUGCUGCAACUAAUCCGAUUGAUUUCCCAAUCGCUCCAGCUUUUGCGGUCCCUAAAGUUCUUGAAAUGAGUGGUCUGAAGAAAGAUGAUAUUGCAAUGUGGGAGAUAAAUGAAGCCUUCAGUGUUGUGGUUUUGGCCAACAUGAAAAUGCUUGAUAUUGACCCAAGUAAAGUUAAUGUCAAUGGAGGAGCUGUGUCUCUUGGUCAUCCAAUUGGCAUGUCUGGAGCUAGAAUCGUCGGCCACAUGGUGCACAAUCUCAAGUCUGGGCAGUACGGACUCGCAGGGAUCUGUAAUGGAGGUGGUGGUGCAUCUGCUAUCAUUAUUCAGAAGUGUUAGCAUGUGUGUGGUCUUAUGGUCCAAGACUUCAUGGGCAAUAAAGCCUUCUGGUAAGAUUGUACUGUAGCCUUGGUGCUUGCUGUGUACCAGUUACCUAACAGCAUCACAAACAUAACUUAACAGUGAAAGCCUUACGACUGUUUUUUGAAACAGAUCACUUUUGACAUAUCACUCCCAUUUUCUGACUUUUUACUCCAUGUUGUAUAUUUAAAUGAACUGCCAUAGGAAUAUUGUCAGGAGUGUACAGUCAGUUAUAUGUAUUGUAUUUACUACCUUUGGUAGUUAAAUUAUUAGAAGAUUAUGAUACUAAUCGUUGAACUGUAACACAUUUGGAAAUUGGUUAAAGGAAUUGGUGAAGACGUACUGUAGGAAUUGGAGGCUACAAUUGAGUUCAACUAUAGAGGGAAAGGUUUGUGAUACAAAUUGUACACUCCUGAGGGGAUAUUGUGAAUGUAGAGCAAAGCUGAUCCCCUCUAGUUUGGGCUUUAUUUGUUGACAGGUUUGCACUGUACUGGAUAUAAGCUCAAAAACACUCACAUUUUCUUUUGUUUCAAAAUAAAUCUGAGGUGUUUGUUAACGUG